AUGUCUGAUAAGAUCGACAAAUCAAGAACAAAAGUAAGAAAGGCUUGUGAUAAUUGUCGGAAAAGAAAAUUACGGUGUACUGGGAAACAACCAUGUUCUACAUGUGAAGCUUAUUCAUGUCCAUGUAUAUAUUCUGCUAGAUCUUCGACAACUAGACGCAGUCGUACAAAGAAGAUUCGAAUGCGUGAACCAAUUAUUUUAACAAAUAAGACAUCACAAGAAAUGGCAAAUACUACCACACCAGAUGAUGAUGAUGCUGAUGACAACAACGAUAGUAAUAAUCCUGUCGAUCGUUCCAUGACUGCAAAUUUUGGUACUAACAAUAAUGAUAAUAACAUUACUGGGAGAUAUCCAUCACAAGAUGAUAGUAAAGCACUCCCGGCUCCUACACAAGUACCUUAUAUGAAUGCUAGUAAUACUAUGCAUUUACCAGAAUCUAUAUUACAAACACCGACUUAUUAUUCUACCAAAGAGAAUAUCACAAAUAAUAUUAAAAACCAAACAGAAUCAAAUCUUAGAGGAACCACCACAGAAUUAAAUCCUGGUAAUAACAUGUCGAGGAGUCCCUCUGCAAUUCCAAAAUAUCCGCAUGUUGCAGAUUUUAUUACAAAAGUACCACCUCUAAUAACGGGAAACAAUCAAUUGUAUGAGGAUGAUAUUACAUUUCAAAUGAAGAUAAAUUCCUUAGCAACUGCUUUAGAUUCAUUAAAGAGUAUUACUUUACAAGAUCCUUCCAUUAUACAGAGUAUAGAAAAAAUUACUAAUCAAAUUAAUGAACUUGUAAAGAGUUGCAAACCACAACUUAAUAUGCCUGCCUUCUUAGAGAAGAGUCAACAGAAACGCACUUCACCUACGACAGAGAAAUCUCUAGAGACAUCAUUAUUACGCAAUAAAUACACAGAUCGUGUCUGUUUAACGCGGUUUUCUAUUUGGUCAGAUUCAACUGAGAAAAAUACAAAAUCAAAAGAAAAGGCCCUACAAUUUGGAUCUGAAGAACCUUUAAUUACUGAAAUGUUUGGUUUAUAUUCACCAUUUCAAGCUAUUUCUUUUAGAGGUAUCGGUUACGCAUGUCUUGAUCAUUUACGCAGAAAUAACGGACAAAUCAAACGUCAUGUAAAGGAAACUUUAUAUUUGAUUUUAAGAUAUUUUGAUAUGUGUUUUAUUCAAUUAAGUGAGGGGAAAAGUCUUAUUGCCAAUCCUUUGGAUAAUUAUUCUAAUAGAAAGAGUUUAGGUACAGCACCACAAAGUCCCGAUGCUCCAAUUAUGACACCUUCUCCAGGAUUUACAGGUGGUUUCAAUAUUGGUGGUGGUAAUAGUGGUACCCCAGGAGGGGGAGGUGGCAAUACUGGUAGUACUGGGAGUGUUUCAUCAAGUACACGUAAUACAGUUACCCAAUUUAUACGGAGAUUCCCUCAACCUUUUGUGUAUGAGAUAUCUGGUGUCACUUCAGAGAUGUUACUAGAUAGUGUGGCGGAUCCGUUAACCAUUUUCCAAUUAUUGUUGAAAAUAUUCAAUGGAUUUAAACCUGCUUAUGAAUCAUUCAUGGUGGAGAUGACUUCAUCUGCAUUACGUCUUGAAAAUAAGGUUCCAUCAUUUUCUAAUCAAGUUAUACAAAAGAUGUUAUUUUUCUCAGAGACUGAGCAAUUAUUAUACCCCUUAUGUUAUCAAUAUUAUAAUGAAACUCAAUUUUUUUAUUAUAAAACACCUCUCAGUAUUGAUUAUUUAGAGUUACUAUUGUCGUUAGUUGAUAAACAAUUAGCUUCUUAUGAUUACUAUGGUGCCACAUUGGUAGUAGAUGCAGCAGUUAAUAGGGCGUUAAAGAUGGGGCUCUAUAGAUGGGAAUAUUAUGUUGGAUUAGAUGAAGCUAACGCCGACAGAAGAAGACGAAUUUGGUGGGGGCUAUAUUAUUUUGAUAAAUUGAUCUCUGUAACCUUGGGUGAACCUUCCACAAUUAAUGAUUCAAUUAUGUCUUGCUUAUUGCCACCUUCGUUUAGAGAUAUUGGGUUUUUGGAUAGUAGAAGUUUUGUACGUAAUGUGCAUCUCUUCAAUAUGGAAUCUGCAUUUGAUAAUAUGGAGAUUGAUACAUUAGUACAUUAUGGUAGAUUAGGGAUCAUUCAAUUGGUUAGUGAUUUCCAAAUUAAUGUAUUAUAUAAUGAGAAAUAUACUUCCAUUAGAAAUACUGCAGUUCCACCUUUAGUGAAAAGUAAAUUAUUUCAAGAGUUAGUUGGUGAGUAUGAUUUAUUGAGAACCAAGUUACAAGCAUUACGUAAUCAUUGUUCAAGAUUAUUCGAAUUAGCUUCAAGUGUACGUAACGCAAAUGGUGAAGCUGUAUUAAACAAUAAAGUUUAUCAUAAUGAUGAGAUUAAUGCAGCUUCCAGAUUUACUUGUUCAUUCGAAUUUCAUUUCUCUGUUGUCUUAUCCACAAUUGAUAAUUUGGAAGCAAGAUUAUCCUCACCACCUUAUACAAAACCUCAAUUUACAGCAGUGGCUGAUAUUUUCCAUGAAAUUUAUUAUUCAUGGAAUAGAAUGAAUCUAUUCUUAAGUAACGUUACGAAUGAUUAUUCUUUCAUUAGAGUGUUCGUAUAUUUCCGUUGCGUAACCAUCCUUUUCAUAACCAAAUCAGACGUGUUGAAAGCAAUGAUUACCAGAGAUGAUCUUAGAUCAAUGGUUUUGGCAUUGCAUAAACUAAGAUGUCUAUGGAUCCUGACUUUACAUGAAAAUUAUCCACAAGUUAGGGAAUCAUCCUUAUACAGAGAAUAUUGUAAAAAUUUAUCCUUUUUAUGUCUGGCAUGUCGUAUCCUAAUACAUCAAUAUUUAAAUCAACAUUCUAUUGAAAUAGAAGAAUUGAUGACUUGGUUCCAACAAAAUUCUCCAGAAUUGGUGGAUACUUUCAGUAGUUGUAUCGAUAUCUCGUCGCCUACUUAUAAAUAUUUAUUGAUGCCUGUUCAAAGAUCUGGUUUCCAUUUACAUGUAAGAAGAAUGUUAGAAUCUAAUUUCUUGAGUAAAGCAAAGGGUAAGAAAAAACCGGUCAAGAAGGGCAAACACCCUGCAUCAAAAUCUGAACCUACUAAUAUGCAUCCUCCAAUGGUGUUUACUAGUCCUUUGACACAAAAUAAUACACCACCUCCACUACCAUCACAACCGCUUCCAAAUACAGUACCAAUAGUUGGUGGUGUACCAAUCCCAAAUACAGGGUACAGAGGUGUUGUACCGGUUUCAAAUUUAAUUACACCUGAUAUGCCAAACUCAGUUUAUCCAGCAGAGGGUCCAAAUAACCUUCCUAUACCUCCUUAUAGUCACUCUGGAACAGGUUUUGGUGCUCAACCAAAUGGUAUUAAUCAUCAUGUAGGAGCGCAACCAAAUAUGUCAGCUGGGCAAAGGAGCUCUAUGUUCCCAUUUGCAGAAAAUGGUAAUCCAUCUGAUGCCUACAUGCAAAACAUGAACGCUAAUGAUCCAAGGGCUGUGGCAGCAUCAUUUAAUUUGGGGACAUUAGACGAGUUUGUGAAUAGUGAUAUUGGCAAUAUAUACAACAUUUUAUGGAGUGAUUUAUAUCCUGAAGGCGAUAGCAUUAAUUAG